GAGUAAGAUGGCUGCAGCGCGUGUGCUGAGGACCUGGAGCCGCAAUGCUGGGCGGCUGGUAAGCAGGUUGGGCAGAUCUGAGGUCGGGAAGAUGUGGUUGUCCGGCGUCACCUGGGGGAGGUGUGUUAACUUUGUCCUCCGAGUGCCUCGCGUGCAGGUCUCGCGUGAUGGAAAGGUGGAGGGAUGUGUGCACAACGAAGGGCAGCGAAGGUGGCGAGCCAACCUGGCUGGAGACCCAGUUUCUCUCCUUACCUGCGUGCGCUUCUGAGAUUUGUGUCCGCUACUUUCAAACAAGCGGUAAUGUUCAUGUUUUAAAGCCAAAAUAUGUUUGUUCCUUUGGUGCUCCUUCAUUCAAGUAUAGUCAUCCUCAUCAUUUGCUGAAAACAAGUGCUGUUUUACAGGGACAGAUCGUUCAGUUCAAACUCUCAGACAUCGGAGAAGGGAUUAGAGAAGUAACUGUUAAAGAAUGGUAUGUAAAAGAAGGAGAUACAGUGUCUCAGUUUGAUAGCAUCUGUGAAGUUCAAAGUGAUAAAGCUUCUGUUACUAUCACUAGUCGUUACGAUGGAGUCAUUAAAAAACUGUAUUACAAUCUAGACGAUACUGCUUAUGUGGGAAAGCCAUUAGUAGAUAUAGAAACGGAAGCCUUAAAAGAUUCAGAAGAAGAUGUUGUUGAAACUCCUGCUGUGUCCCAUGAUGAACAUACACACCAAGAGAUAAAGGGCCACAAAACACUGGCAACUCCAGCAGUUCGUCGCCUUGCAAUGGAAAACAAUAUUAAGCUGAGUGAAGUUGUUGGCUCAGGAAAAGAUGGCAGAAUACUUAAAGAAGAUAUUCUCAACUAUUUGGAAAAGCAAACAGGAGCUAUAUUACCUCCUUCACCAAAAGCUGAAAUUAUACCACCUCCACCAAAACCAAAAGACAGAACUAUUCCUAUACCAAUAUCAAAACCUCCAGUGUUCACAGGCAAAGACAGAACAGAACCUAUAAAAGGCUUUCACAAAGCAAUGGUCAAGACCAUGUCUGCAGCCCUAAAGAUACCUCACUUUGGGUAUUGUGAUGAGGUUGACCUUACUGAACUGGUUAAGCUCCGUGAAGAAUUAAAACCCAUUGCUCUGGCUCGUGGAAUUAAACUCACCUUUAUGCCCUUCUUCUUAAAGGCUGCUUCCUUGGGAUUGCUGCAGUUUCCCAUCCUUAAUGCUUCUAUGGAUGAAAACUGCCAGAGCAUAACAUAUAAGGCUUCUCAUAACAUUGGUGUGGCAAUGGAUACAGAUCAGGGCUUGAUUGUUCCUAAUGUGAAGAACGUUCAGAUCUGCUCCAUAUUUGAGGUCGCCACUGAAUUGAACCGCCUCCAGAAGUUGGGCUCUGCGGGCCAGCUCAGCACCCCUGAUCUUACAGGAGGAACGUUUACUCUUUCCAACAUUGGAUCAAUUGGUGGUACCUAUGCCAAACCAGUGAUACUACCACCCGAAGUGGCAAUUGGGGCCCUUGGAGCAAUUAAGGCCCUUCCCAGAUUUAAUGAGAAGGGAGAUGUACAUAAGGCCCAGAUCAUGAACGUGAGCUGGUCAGCAGAUCACAGAAUUAUUGAUGGCGCUACAAUGUCACGCUUCUCUAAUUUGUGGAAAUCCUACUUAGAAAACCCCAGUCUUAUGCUGCUAGAUCUGAAAUGAAGAUUCAUAAGACGUCCUUGAACUUUCUUUCCGAGCUUCCAAAGGAAAAGCAGAGCCCAGCCGUGCCGCACAUGUUCUUCCUUACAGUUGGUGUCGCCAACGGUUUGUGAUACGGGAUGAAGAUUCUGAGGCACAGUGUGUAUCACUGUUCUGUUAGACUUUCUGCAGAAGACAGAUAAUGGUGUAAAGUUCUCCUUGGCUGUCAAUUUUGUAGGUCCUAGUGUGACUUCUUAAUGUGGUGCUGAGGUCUUCGUGUUAAUGGAAUAAAACUGGCAGGAACAAUGAAAUCAAUGUUACUUGAAGACAGGCACCUAUAUGCAGUAUUUGCCCUUUUUUUUAAAUUUUAAACUAACUCUUAGUGAAACUUGUCCAUUACACUUAGUUAGGAACAGGAAUUUAUAUGUAAAAAUCUUUCUAUUGCCCCGCAAUAAUGCAAAUUGUUGUACAAAAUAAGUGCAAUUAUACGUAGCUUUUAAGAUAUACAAGAAUGUGUUGCUCUGUAGAGAUUAUCAUCUGUAAGUGUCUUAUUUGUAUAAAUUAAUAUCUUUUAAAAGGGAAAAUUACAAGCUAAUCUUAAAAAUGCCCAAUUAUAAUUUUAUAAUCAGUGAGGCUAUUAAAGGUAUUUGUUUAAAAUGGAUAUACUUUUAGAAUUUUGGUAAUAUUUUGGUGUUUUAUUGGGAAAACUUCACCCUUUGCAGCCUUGCUUCGUGUAAGGAAGGCACUUUAAAUAUAACAGGCUGUUGACAUUGUCUUACAUUCAGAAGUCCAUUGCCUUUUAGCUUUUUUUUUUUAAACUUUCUUGGCUGCCCCUAAAAAAUAGGCUAGAUUAAGAAGUUAUGUUCUUGGAGUUCCCAUCAUGGCUCAGUGGUUAAUGAAUCUGACUAGGAACCAUGAGACUGCGUGUUCAAUCCCUGAGUGAGGUGCUCAGUGGGUUAAGAAUCUGGCGUUGCCAUGAGCUGUGGUGUAGGUCGUAGAUGAGGCCCAGAUCCUGCGCUGCUAUGGCUGUGGUGUAGGCUUGCAGCUACAGUUCCGAUUAGACCCCUAGCCUGGGAACCUCCAUAUGCUGCAGGUAUGGCCCUAGAAAAGACAAAAAAAAAGAGAAGUUAUGUUCUAGUCCAUUCUCUGUAUCCUGAGAAGGAAUAUGAAUAACAGGAGAGAGACGAGUAAUGGGUAAUUAUGGACAGUAAAAUAAUACAUUUUGUACAGAAAUAAAGGUAUCCUCAUAAUCAUUUUGUUAGAGGCCCACCUGAAUCAGAAAUAGCACCAAGGUGAAUUAUAAUCCACCAUUUUGAUUUGCAUUAAGAAAUUCAUGUUUUGUUUUUUUUCUUUUUAGGGCUGCACUCUCGGCAUAAGGAGCUUCCCAAGGCUAGGGUUUAAACUGGAGCUGCAGCUGCCGGCCUACAUCAGAGCCACAGCAGCACCGGAUUGAGCUGCGUCUUCAACCUACACCACAGCUCACAGCAACGCCAGAUCCUUAACCCACUGAGAGAGGGCAUGGAUCAAACCCACACCCUCAUGGAUACCAGUCGGGUUUGUUACCGCUGAAUCACAGCGGGAACUUGCCGAGACCAGCUCAGCAAGAUGGGGCUGAAGAACAGGUGCUGUGAGAUUUAAGGGGAAAAGUUAACAUAAAACAAGACACAGAGACAUUUAUCUUAAGUAAAGGUGGGAACCAGGGGACUCAAGGUCUCAGGGAUCAAGAGCUCCCCCUCAAGAAACCACACUGCUUUUAUUGUGCUCUUUGGGAUUAUGUCAAGUGAGGAGGGGGCUAUGGGUAGAGGACGUACAGUUUUUUUUUUAUUAUUUCAUAAGUUCUUUUAUUGUUUUAAAAGUCACUUAGCUGGUAAAAGGUUAAGCUUUUACUCUGACCUUUAGGCACAUAACAAUCAUUAGCUUUUGAGUUACCUAUCUAUGCAUAGCAUUCCAGAGAAUCUUCACUGUGCUUCCUCAAAUGGCAUGCCUAUUUGUGGCAACCCUGCAUGCCUAGGUUUGCAUCUUGGUUCUCUUUGUUAAUGCAUAUUCUGCUAACAACCACUCAUAAACCACUUGGCCAUGAGGUUCCUCUUUCUCUUAUCCCUUAGAGGACAUAUCAUGCUUGUGCAAGCACGGCCUGCCAAUCUGCACAGGUCUGAGGUGCCUAGACCAAUGCAUUAUGUCCUCAUUCAGCUGACCCUAUGAAUAGCUUAUGCCUUUAGGUCUUUGUUCUUAAGCUUAAGUCAUUUACCAGCACUGUGACUGUUUUUCAAGCAGGAAGAUGGGAUUUUUCAGCAAAGAGGCUAAGAAAAUAUUGUAGAGACAUGUCUCGCAGCAGGAACUCCCAGAUUAUUUCUAAUAUCAUCUGGUUGAAUGCCGUGUGUUCAAGUGAAGUUUUGUGACAAAAGAGAAAUUCUUUUAAUGACUACUUGGUUUUUUUAUAAAUGGAAAUGAUGUAUAAAUUAGAAAAUAAUGGAUCGAAUGAAUGUUACUCUUUUUCAAAUUCAGAUAGUAUGAAGAGUUGCAAAGAAAAUAAAAUCAUUACAAUCC